GUAACAUGACCUCCUGUUCAUUUCUACCGGAAAUAACCUUAGAGCCUCCUUUUCAACUCAAGACGUUUUCCGGUAGACAUCAUUAAGGACGUCCGUAUUUGAAAAAAAUGGCAUCGGAUACGGAAGGAGAUGAUGUACCAACUGCAGGAGGCUCCAUGGAUAUCUACACUGCCCUGCAGGAGGUUCUCAAAACUUCACUAAUCCAUGAUGGUCUUGCCAGAGGUCUUCACGAGUGUGCUAAAGCCUUGGACAAACGUCAGGCUCAUAUGUGCAUUUUGGCCAACAACUGUGAUGAAGCAACUUACGUGAAACUCGUGGAAGCUCUUUGUGCAGAACAUGCAAUUAACAUCAUGAAGGUUGAUGAUAACAAGAAACUGGGAGAGUGGGCUGGACUCUGUAAGAUCGACAAGGAGGGGAAAGCCAGAAAGGUGGUUGGCUGUAGCUGUGUGGUUGUCAAGGAUUAUGGCAAGGACUCCCAGGCGCUUGACGUGAUGAACGAAUACUUCAGGUCAAAGAACAAGUAAACAUGAAAAGCAAAAACUGUUGGCAACACAAAUGUGAAUAAAAGUGCAGCUUUGAGAAGUAAAA